AGUGUGCGCGCGGGGCAGUAGGAGGAGAGGAGAGUCCCUAAUUGCGCGUAGCAUCUCCGCUUAAAAAAAAAUCCCCUCGCUGCACACCUAAGGGGAAAGAGAAACAGAGGGCGAGGAGGAGGGAGAAGCGCGAGAAUUAAAGAGAGAGGGAGAUAAAAAAAAAAAAAAAAAGAAGAGAGAGAGCGUUGUCUCUGGAUAACGUCCGGAUAACGUGUGUACAAUUCGUCAGGCUGUCCUGCUGACCGGAGCCAAAGGCCGAGGUGUUUGAAAUCAUGGCGAGUUUGCUGGAGAACCCCGUCCAGGCGGUGCUGUAUCUGAAAGAGCUGACAGCUAUCGUUCAGAACCAGCAGAGCCUGAUCCAGACCCAGCGGCACCGCAUCGACAUCCUCGAACGCAAGCUGGACGAUCUGGUGGUGGAGAACAAGCAGCUGCGGGAGACGAGUGAGCCCCAGCAUCAUCCCCCACACCACCACCACCAAGCAGAGCCGGGGCAGCUGCCCCAGGCCGAGCAGUCGCCCUCCGCUCCCCAGCAAGAGAUGCAGCUUGUGCCGGCUUCGACUCUCUCCCCCAGCCCGGAAGAUUCUCCGGAGGACGCGGAACGCCGGCAGGGCUGCAAGGCGCUGGUCCCGCAGACCCCCUCGACCCUCACCCGGGCAGGGGCACGGGCGCACAAAUCAGAGAGUGAGACGGUGCUGCACCAGUUUUGCUGCCCAGCCCCGGAGGCCCCAGAGCGAGAGGCCAUCUGCUGCUCUGAAAGCCCUGCGCUACUGCCCUCUGGAGGGAAGGAGGAAGAGGCGGGACAGAAGAGGAAAUCCAGCCAACCAGAUGCCUCUACCUGUGCACACUCUCCCCAGUACAAUAUCUCAACUGACCUAGAGGACACACUAGAGAUAGAGGACUUGGAGCGUAAGUACGGGGGUCCGCUGAUCGCCCGGCGCGCGGCCCGCAAGAUCCAGACGGCAUUCCGCCAGUACCAGCUCAGCCGCAACUACGAGAAGAUCCGCAACUCGAUGUCGGAGCGGCGCGAGCCGCGGCGCAUGUCGGUGAGGCGCGUGCGUCUGCCGAGGGAAGGCUUCUCGGCCGAGCAGGCCCUCAUGGAGGGGUGCAAGCUGAUGGGGAUCCCCCUCACACACUCCGCCUCGGCGCCGUCCUGUAGCGGGGGAACGCUCACCAACCUGGAGGACACCUUCACCGAACAGGUGCAGUCGCUGGCGCGCUCCAUAGACGAGGCUCUGAGCACCUGGUCCACGAUCAGACCCGAGGAGGGGCAGUCGGGGGAGGAGGGAGGAGGAGGCGGCGGAGAGGAGGGGUGCUCGGGCGCAGGUGCGCCUCCCUCCCGAGGGGACGGGGGUCUGCUGGUGGACCACGACACCAUCCGCGUGGCCUGCGGCGAGAACCUGCCGCGCAGCGCCAGCAAGCUGAUGCUGGCCUUCCGCGACGUCACCGUGCAGAUCGACACCCGCAACUACCGCCUGUCCUCCUCCGCCGUGCUCGAGUCCGUCGCCCUCGGCAACAACAGCAAGCCCGACGGCGGCGGCGGCGGCCCCCCGCAAGGCCCGCCCCCGCCGCCGCCGGCCCCGUCAGAGUCCCGCCGCGUCAGCGUCCAAUCGGUGGGCGACGCCGACUUCCCCGCGCCGCCGUCCCGGGAGGAGAUGGAGGAGGAGGGGGUGGACGGGGAGCCGUCGUCGGGGAUGGAGGCCGACAUGGGGAGGCCCGGCGGCCGGGGCAGCAGGAGGUCCAGUCAGGUCCGGCCCGAGGCGGGCAUGGAGAACAGCUCGGAGGCCGUCAGCGGCGGCAGCAGCACGUCCACGUCCGGCCAGUCGGCCUGCGAGACCAUGGUCCUCUCUCUGCCCCGCCCGCACUGCCAGGACACCAACACCUGCGGGACGCUCUCCACGGAUACUGCCCGGAAACGCCUCUACAGGAUUGGCCUCAAUCUCUUCAACCUAAACCCGGAUAAAGGCAUCGAGUUCCUGAUCUCCCGCGGAUUCAUCCCAGACACACCCAUCGGCGUAGCCCACUUCCUGUUGCAGAGGAAGGGGCUCAGUCGACAGAUGAUCGGAGAGUUCCUGGGAAACGCCAAGAAGCAGUUCAACAGAGACGUGCUCGACUGUGUGGUGGAUGAGAUGGACUUCUCAGGGCUGGAGCUGGAUGAGGCGCUGAGGAAGUUCCAGGCUCAUAUUCGUGUCCAGGGAGAGGCCCAGAAGGUGGAGAGACUCAUCGAGGCAUUCAGCCAGCGGUACUGUAUGUGCAACCCUGACGUAGUGCAGCAGUUCCAUAACCCCGACACCAUCUUCAUCCUGGCCUUCGCCGUGGUCCUGCUCAACACGGACAUGUACAGCCCCAACAUUAAGCCCGAGCGCAAGAUGCUGCUGGAGGACUUCAUACGUAACCUCAGGGGUGUGGAUGAUGGAGCAGAUAUCCCUCGUGAGAUGGUGGCUGGCAUUUACGAGCGCAUCCAGCAGAGAGAGCUACGCUCCAACGAAGAUCACGUGACCUACGUCAGCCGCGUGGAGCAAAGCAUCCUGGGAAUGAAGACAAUCUUGGCGGUUCCACACAGGAGGUUGGUGUGCUGCAGUCGGCUUUAUGAGGUCACGGAUGUGAACAAGCCCCAGAAACAAGCCUCUCAUCAGAGGGAGGUCUUCCUCUUCAACGACCUCCUAGUGAUCCUGAAGCUGUGUCCUAAAAAGAAAAGUGCAGCCACGUACACUUUCUGUAAAGCCAUGGGACUACUCGGCAUGCAGUUUCACCUGUUUGAAAAUGAGUACUACCCGCAUGGCAUCACGGUGUUGUCUCCGUUCUGCUCGGAGAAGAGACAGGUGGUGAGCUUCAGCGCCCCGAACGCCGACGAGCUGCUCAAGUUCGUGGAGGACCUGAGAGAGAGCAUCUUAGAGGUGGCCGAGAUGGAGAACAUACGCAUUGAGUGGGAGUUGGAGAGACAACAGGGAAUAAGGAGCCAGCCAGCCAAAACCAACCAAAAUCAGAUGGAAAUUCAUAUUGGGCAAGGCACACCUACCGGAAAUCAUGAGUACUACGAGAAGAGUGGAAACAACACAGUGGAGGUGUCAAUUCACAACAGGCUCCAAACGUACCAGCUGGCCUCACCCCAGAGCCUCAGCUCGCCCGUGACGUCGCUCGCCGGCGUUCACCCCCUGGCCGUCCUGCCUAGCCAGGCCAUGCCCACGCUGCCCUCCCUCUCCCCCCUGGACACGCUCAUCCAAUGCCAGCAGAUCGUCAAGGUCAUCGUCGUGGACGCCACGGGCCGCGGGCGCGUGGAGGCCUUCCUCAGCCAGAGCCCCGCCCAUCGCCUCAUCCAGUCGGCCGACUCCACGCCCGUGCGGUCCCGGGAGAGCGGGGCUGAUGGGAAGGGUGGGAGCAACCCG